UCCCUAUAAAGGUUCCCUCCCUGUCACACUCAGUCUGCUUCAUCCAGGGGUCCAGUAUGAAGCUCUCAGUCCUCUGUGCCGUCCUGUCCUGCAUCGUCCUCACCCAGGCUGCACCUCAGGCCGCGGUCAGGUGGUGUCUAAAGUCAGAGGAGGAGUCAAAAAAAUGCCUGAAACUCGGAUCGCUGGUCUGCGUAAAGAAGGCAGGAACUCGGGAAUGCAUCGAAGCCAUUGGGAAAGGUGAAGCAGAUGCCAUCACACUGGAUGGAGGAGAUAUCUACACUGCUGGUCUCUCACCCCAUAACCUUCACCCCAUCUUGGCAGAGCAUUACAACACAGAGUCGUGUUACUACGCUGUAGCUUUGGCGAAGAAAGGCACUGGAUUUGGUUUCACGGACCUUCGAGGGAAGAAGACGUGUCACACCGGUUUGGGGAAAACUGCAGGCUGGAACAUCCCCAUCGGCACGCUCAUCACUCAGGGCCAGAUCAAGUGGGGCGGCAUCGACGAGACCCCUCUGGAAAAUGCUGUGGCAGAUUUCUUCUCAGCCAGCUGUGUUCCAGGAGCCACAAACAAAAAGCUGUGCCAGUUGUGUAAAAAAGGGUGCCAGCGUUCUCACGAGGAGCCGUAUUACGAUUACGAUGGAGCUUUCCUGUGUCUGAAGGAGAGGAAUGCUGAUGUGGCGUUUGUGAAGCACCUCACGGCUCUCGCUGCUGGAGAUGAGUACGAGCUGCUGUGUAAGGACGGCAGCAGGAAGCCUGUUAGCGAUUAUAAAACGUGUAACCUGGCCGAAGUUCCUGCUCACGCCGUCGUCACGCGCUCUGAUAAAACCCUGACCGAGGCCAUCGUUACUGUUCUGGACUCACUGAAGGACAAGGGUCUGUUCUCCUCUGAUGGCUUCGCUGCACCCAAUCUGAUAUUUAAAGACUCGACGACGAAGCUGACGCGCCUCCCAGAGCUCACCAACUCCUACAUCUUCCUGAGAGCAGAUUACUGGAACUCCAUCCACUCGCUCAAAAGAGAAAGCACAGCCGUCACAUCGUCCUCAAAAAUUAGGUGGUGCACCGUGGGCCAUGCUCAGAAGAGUAAAUGUGAUACAUGGAGCGUAUUUACCAUCGAUGAUCAGGGAAAUGCCAAGCUGGAGUGUGAAUCUGGCAGCACGGUGCAGGACUGCAUCCAGGCCAUCCUGCUUAAUGCAGCUGAUGCUAUAGCAGUUGAUGGAGGAGAAGUGUAUACUGCAGGAAAGUGUGGUCUGGAGCCGGUCAUGGUGGAGCAGUACGAUGAUGAAAAGUGUAAACCUCCAGGACCUGGUGAUGAAACCCCGUCUUAUCACGCUGUGGCUGUAGUGCACAAGGACUCCAGCUUGACCUGGAACACGCUGAAGGGGAAGAAGUCGUGUCACACGGGUUUCGGGCGUACAGCAGGCUGGAACAUUCCCAUGGGUCUCCUCCAUGAUAAAUACAAAAACUGUGACUUCUCCACGUACUUCAAGGAAAGCUGCGCUCCAGGUUCCGAUACAAAGUCAAGCCUGUGUGCUUUAUGUAAAGGAGGUGAAGCUGGCAAAGACAAAUGCAGCCCCAGCAAUAACGAGCCUUAUUACGGCUACGGUGGAGCCUUCAGGUGUUUGGCUGAAGGUGCUGGUGACGUGGCCUUUAUUAAGCACACCACCGUAAAUGAAAACACAGACGGCAAUGGACCAGAAUGGGCAAAGGGUUUCAAAUCAUCAGACUUCAAGCUCCUGUGCCCCGGCACCACGGCUCCGAUUGGUCAAUUUGGCAAAUGUCAUUUAGCCAAAGUUCCAGCUCACGCCGUGGUCACUCGUCCAGAGAAACGGGAAGAUUUGGUGAAGUUCCUUGAUGAACAGCAGAAAAAGUUCGGUCCUUCUGGCACAGAAAGCUCGCUGAGAAUUUUCACUUCUGAUAAGGAUCAAAAGUCACUGUUCAAAGAAUCUACAAAAUGUCUCCAAACGGUUCCACCAGGAAGGAACUAUGAAGAGGUUCUGGGAAAAGUCUAUUUAACCUCCAUAAACUCUCUGCACCAGUGUCCGAACACCAAGUCUGAGCUGGAGGAGACCUGCACUGCUAUCAGCUGCCAACAUGACUGAAAAUGAUCCCCUUCAUCUUGGACACAGUUUAUAAACAUCUGAUUGUAGAUUUCUAGAGAAUAAAUCAUGUCCUGGUGUAAUUUCUUUAUCAUUCUUUUUAUUUGUAGAAGCUGCUGUCUGAAAUAAACAAAUCAUUACAAUUGAA